AUGAUAUCCAAAUCCUUAUCCCCAGCUUCUGACCUUGAUUUUCGGCUUGCCUGUGAACAGGCCUACAACAUUUUUCAUUUGAAUGAUCCAUUCGCCUUCCGCGUGGAGCCCUUGCUCGAACCCAAAUUCGUCCAGAUACCACCUAUACACAUUCCCCAAUUCUCACGUUAUCCACUCGGAGACGCCCGUUCUCUUAGCCUUGUCGAAACAUUCCUCCAAAAGGCUACUUUAUUCUCUCGGCCUUUCGGCAGCACCCAAACUGGAUUCUGCAGCAAUGGUGCCUCCCAUGGUAUUUCGGCCGCAGGAGCCCAGUUUCAGCAUAAGCCUGAGUUGAAUAAUCAGAUGGCAUGCCAAGCAGGCGUUUAUGAUAAUAACAACUAUCGGAAAUAUAAAUUCUCAGCCAGCGUCAAUGCCGUUGAACUUCUACAUCAUGGUAAUUUAUUUGGCUUUAUUAAAUGA